AUGCAAGACCCAGAACUCUAUGUUCGAAGCUUCCAAGAAGAAAUUAGCCAAAGAAACAAACGCAAAUAGCCUUAGUAAUAUCCUGAUGAUCUUCGAUUACAUGAACGACCCAGAGUCAGAAAGAUCGAGCCUCCCUCUUAGAUCAUCGGUCAGUCAUUACUAAAGAAUCAGAGCUAUGUACCUGAUCCUAUCAAAAAUUUUACGAAACCGCUUAUCAAUUAUUAAAUCACCAGUCCUUCUGGAAGAGAUCCAUAGCGAUACAAUCACAAUUUUUCGUACCUAGGGCAAGAUAAUAUCUUUCGCAAAGAACCCUACAAUCAAAACCAGAAGGAUUAUGCACCUCAAAGAUAUUCACAGCAAUCUAAUGAAUAAAGAAUAAAUUACUAAAACGUAGGCAAUAUGCUUAUUGGCUAUGAUAGUUAAUAAUAGUUAAAAACACAAACACAAUUAUAAAAUUAAUAAAUGACUUAGUCACAAUUGUAGAAUUAAUAAGCAGAAAAUGUAUAUCCUUAAUAGCAUCAAAAUUAUUAAUACCAAUAGGAAUAAUAAUUGUAAAAUUAGUAAUUACAACAAUAAUAAAUGCAUUCAUAAUAAUUACAAUAGUCAUAACAACAACUUUCAUAAUCAUAAUUACCACAAUAAUAAUAUUAAUUAUAACCAAGUCAAGCAACAUAAUAAUAAUAUUAAUUGUAACCAAGCCAAUCAACGCAAUAAUAUUAAACGUAUUAAUUACCAUCAUAAAAUAUUUAACAAAACUAGUAUUUCUCUUAAUAAUAUAAUAAUUAUUAGGCAGGAGCACCAAACACUUUCAAAUUAAAAAGUGAUAGUAACCAUCAGCCUUUCAAUUAUUAUGGUUCAAGAGCAUUAAAAAACUUAGAUAGUACAUAAAUUUAUUGAAUAAUUUAAAUUUAUUAUUAAAAAUAUCUUAGAAAAA